ACAGACAGAGGAGUCAGGGAUCCACCGUUCUGGAGAGAACCAACGUGCACUCUUCUUUCUACAGCCAAGCAUCAGCAAUGGACAGAGUCCCAGAAUGUCAGGAGGAGAUGAUGGAGUUCUGCAGCAUGAAUGAGGAUAUACCAUUCUAUGAAGAAGACCAGCCUUGCUUGGCUAAGAAUGCCUCCCAGAGCCAGAGACAGUGUGCUUCCUGCUCCCAAGUUCACUGUGCCUGUGAGCUGGACAUUCAGGUGAAGAUCUCCAAGACGGUCCCAACCAAGGGCUUCAGGAAAGCUGUGGUGAUUGUGGUUGCUGUUGAGAAGAUGAAGAUGAAUGCAAGAUCCAAGGUUUUCACUGAUGAUGAUUUGCUGGACAUCCUAAACACCAUCUUAGAACCUGUGUCUUUUGAAAACUAUGAAUUGACUUACGCGACAGAUUCCUUUUACCGCUUCUCCGGAGCCUUCUCCUAUGAUAUCCAAGACAUUAAGCAAAGGUCCCUUGUCCUCAAUCAGCCGGCACAACUGGUGGCCAUGCACCUCCAAGGCACUAACUUUGAUCGGGCAGUGAGGCUAGAAAUGGCUGUAUACCGUCGAAAAGACCAACAGGUAAAGAAUCCUAUUGCACUGGGAAUCAAAGGGAGCGGUCUCUGCUUGUCAUGUGUGCCAAAAGAGGGAGCAGAAGGGCAGCCGGAGCUACAGCUGGAGAAAGAAAGCAUCUUUCGGCACAUUGACAGAUCCAAGCUGGGCCGCUUCAUCUUCUUUAGGAUUGAUGUCGGGAACACCACGCGAUUUGAAUCAGCAGCUUUCCCUGGCUGGUUCAUCUGCACCUCCUCCCAGCCCGACAAAGCUGUUGGCAUGACUGACCAGCCAGGGGAAGUCUCAAUCAUAGAUUAUGCUCUCACCAACCAAAAGCGGUUGGGUUAAACCGAGUGUUUGUGUGUACUAUGUACACAUCUUGUAAUCUAUGUGCAUUUUUGGAGCCUGUAUUGUUGGCAGAUCCUGACAACACUUCCCCAGAGGGAGAAUCUCCUAGCAUCUAGGGGAAAACACUUAAUAAUAAUGAGAGAACUCUUUAUAAGAAUUUUCCUCACUGAAUCUCAGCAAAUGCAGGCUGAGAUCUGCUGAACAUGCUGCCUGAGUUUUAUUAUUUAAAGGGAGGGGGAAGGAAUGUAAUAUUUUACU